AUGCUAAAUACUUCAUAGACCAGAUCAACAAAUGAAAUCCCCAAUUAUGUUGUAAUUGAUAAUGAAUACAUAAUAGUGAAAAACAUAUACAAAGGAAACACCUACAAUUUAUACAUAGGUAGAGAUUGA